UCAGCGGAGUGUACAAUGUGCUGCUACAUAGCCGGCAGAAAAACGGCAAGAGGCGGAGGGAGAGAAGGAUGAGUGGAUAUCAGCGCUGACUGAGAAGCCUUCGUUUUCUGUCAUUCCUCCGCCGUCCCGGGAAGCUCCUUCUCCUUUCUCUCUUUUCCUGCCUUUCUCCAUUUCUUCUCUGCCUCCCUCCGGACCAGAGCCUGACUGCGAAGCGUCCUCCAAGAGGCCCGCCCCUGCAGCCCGACUCGGGGGGAACCCACCAGCUCGCCACAUCGCGAUGGGCUGCGCAACGGGCCACCUGGCUUGCCAGCCGCAGGCCAACGCGGGGCCGGAGGGUCACUCGUUGGAGGCGGGCGGGGCCAAAGUGCCUGAGGUGCUCUCCUCUCUGGAGCGACUGUCCCAGGCCACCGGUGGCAUGGAGAAGUCCUGGUACCGCUGCAUCUUUCCCUUCGGAAUCAUCUCCCUGGUGAUCGGUGUGGCGGGGACCGGGGUGACCUACACCUACAACGACCUGCCUCAGACUAAAGUGGUGUCAGUGGUUCUGCUGGUCAUGGGCCUUUUGCUGAUGCUGAUGGCCACUGCCUGUUGGAUUGUCCACAAGAGGAAGAGGAGGAAAAAGAAAGAGGGGGGCUCGUUCACUUCCGAGCAGUCUCCCCUGUGAAGCACGUGGGGAAAUCAGCGGCGGGAACUCGAAAGUAGAGACAUGGCCACUGCCGGGAGAUCAAGGGGUUGGCUAAAGCAGCCGCAACUUUUCCCUUCUCUCAGCGCAUAAAUCCCCUCUAUUCUUUAGCACCAUUUGGCUCCGCUAAUACCGGAAGGAACCAAAGUGGAGAAAUCAUAGAGAGUGGAAGGACAGAUAGGCAGGAAGUAUCUGUUUCGCCUGUAAAAUUUUGGAUCGACGAGGAGCGAUCGCCAAUGCCUCACACGCUCUUUUAUCGUCAGACAGCCGGUGUCCGGUGUCAAAACAACCUCCGAGGAGACACACACACACACAAAUAUGCAUCGCACACCGCAUGCAUAUUUACGCUCACGGAUGCACGGCCCUCGCGGUCCGCGCUCACAUAUGCAACCAGCGGUCAAAGUGGGAGCUCUGAGCAGGACACCCAACCCGCUAUGCAGAGCUGCUGCCGGAUUCAAUGCUGGCGUCACUAGGCACGUCAGUCACAGCAUUCCUCCUGCCAGGACAGGUGACUCUCCAAGAGGCCAGAAGUGGGCCAAAGACGGUAACCCAAUACCUGGGCCGAAAGAGCAGCGCGCCCCGCGUCAGCGGCCAGCGUCAUUCACUCGUCCUGUGACACCGCAGCAAUGUGUUGGGAGCUUUUUUUACGCAACGGGAGAGUGGAACUUGAGUCCUGCAGGAUCCUGGUGGCAUCUGUGUGAACGAUGAGCCGGAGAGAGGCCGGAGGAUCCGAUCGCCCGGCGGAGGGAAAGGUGUUUGCGUGUGCUUGAAUAAAGAUUUGGGUGAACUGAAAGUCCGUUGGACCCUUGCACUUGGACACUACUGGACACACAAACGAUUUCCACAUGUAGCCGUGUCCACGCCAAGCGAGAGGAACUCCUAGUGGAGCGGCGCGCUCCGAAAGGCCUUUCGUAGCUUCCCGCUGCAAAGGGGGCCACUGACUGACACAUUUCCCCCCGGGCCCCCAGUGUCUUCGUGGGGCUCCUCGACCCCACGCAGGACAGUCCAGGAUUACUGAAGGACACUACCCGAGGGGACAUGCCACUGUAGGGACACUUUAACUGAUCCCGCUCCCCUCGGGCCCCUCCCUCUUGGUGCCUUGAGCAAGCACUCAUGGAAAAAGGCUCUGUUGCAUUCCACCGUUUCCAUCUGAACCUCUGAGAAUUUCCCCCCCUUGUUCUCUCUCUCUCUCUCUCUCUCUCUCUCUCUCUCUCUCUUCACCCCGACAGGACUCUCCUCAUUCAUCACACAUGCCGUCCUCUGUCCUAAAUCCACCGUUUAUGACUUGAUUCCCCUCAUUUCACCAUUGUUAUAUAGUCCAGCCACACACACUUAAAUGUAAUGCUCAAGUCCCACAAACAUUUGUCUUUAUUACUCCUCGCCAAAGAAAAUGGGAUCAUUUUGCUCUCAAUGGUGGAAAGUAUUGAAAAUAUGGUAAAAUCACCGCUUGUGGUCAAAAUGUUUCUGGGGUUUCCGUUUCGCCACAGAGAGUAAGCUGUAAAUAGGUGCUUUCGGUUUGCGUGGUCUCACGGGAUGAGACCAUUUUAGUCUCGUCUUAAAUAUUCUCGUCACUGAAUGUAACACAGGACAGAAAAUACAGAUAGAGGAAGGCAAAAUAACAGAAUGUAUAGAAAACAAAUGGAGUCUAAGCCCAUUUGCCUUUACCCUUGAGAACCACUUUUGAUCACCGCUUCAUUGAUUCACGCUGCCGGAUUUGUGGCGCUUGCCGUCGAGCAAAACGUGUCUGUCGUCCGGAGGUAGCAGUUGACACACGAUGCCAAAGACCGCGCUGGAGGCCGGCUGCUUCCGACAUGCGUUUGAUUGGCCCUCUCAGACACGUCUUCGCCGCUCAGUGUGCAUUUAGAUGUCCUGUUGUACACUGUCAGCCAAAUUCUGUUAAACAAGGAAAAAGGACGGAGGGAACGAGGGGGCAGUAAUGGUUGAUGACAAAAGCAGAGCGUUGGGGGGGGGUCAUUGCUUUCACUUUCAGGUGGGAGUGGGGAGGUGGAUGGCAUAAGUCCUCCUGAGCAGAGCAGCGUUAUUCUUACAUUCUUAGGGCCCAUAAUGCAUUGCUGGCAGCAGUAAUCACGAUUCCGAGGUAAUUGUUGUGUAGCAAGUGUCUAUGUACCGACUAAAAAACAUGUUGAGUACGUUCUUUCUUAGCUCAGUGCAGUGAAGAGCGUUGUGCUUGCGUACUCGUACUUGCUGACUUUCAAGCUACAUCGUGACGGUGAGUUGGCACUAUAAUAUUAAUGCCUGGUGACCAGAAUUUGUGUGUUUAGAGAUGUGAAGUGAUUUCCCUUCUGCCUUUUGAAAAACUAAAGGGAAGGUCUACCUCUCUGCUGCGGGGGACGUACUCCCCUCAGCCAGCCGACCGCCUCGCUGUCUGCGCACGCCGGUUGUGGCUGGCGAGUGACGAGAAGUUUGUGUGCCCUCUAAUAUUUGGUGCUGUAUAUAUGACAAUUUUAUAUUUCUACUGUAUAUUUUUACUCAUAUGUACAGUUUAUUCGUUGUAUUAAAAUGAAUGUUACCCAAGCA